AUGAUGUUCCCUGGCCUCCUCGCGCCCCCCGCCGGGUACCCCAGCCUCCUACGCCCCACGCCCACCUUAACGCUGCCCCAGUCCCUGCAGUCGGCAUUUUCCGGCCACUCGAGCUUCCUGGUGGAGGAUCUGAUCCGCAUCAGCCGGCCCCCCGCCUACCUGCCCCGCAGCGUACCCACCGCCAGCAUGUCGCCCCCUAGGCAGGGGGCCCCCGCGGCUCUCACGGACACCGGGGCCUCGGACCUGGGCUCCCCCGGUCCGGGCAGCCGGCGGGGAGGCUCUCCGCAGACGGCCGUCUCCCCUGCCAGCGAGCCCACGUUUCUGAAGUUUGGGGUAAACGCCAUCCUCUCCUCGGCGCCCAGAACCGAAGCAUCUCCUGCCUUGCUCCAGAGCGUCCCUCCCAAGACCUUCGCCUUUCCCUACUUUGAAGCCUCCUUCCAGCCUUUCAUCAGAUCUUCUUAUUUCCCAGCGUCCUCGAGCGUCGUGCCCAUCCCCGGGACCUUCUCCUGGCCGCUGGCCGCCCGCGGCAAGCCUCGCCGGGGCAUGCUGCGUCGAGCCGUGUUCUCCGACGUGCAGCGCAAGGCGCUGGAGAAGAUGUUCCAGAAGCAGAAAUACAUCAGCAAGCCGGACCGCAAGAAGCUGGCGGCCAAGUUGGGCUUGAAAGACUCACAGGUGAAAAUCUGGUUCCAGAACCGACGCAUGAAGUGGCGGAACUCCAAGGAGCGUGAGCUCCUGUCUAGCGGGGGCUGCCGCGAGCAGACCCUUCCCACCAAACUCAACCCGCACCCGGACCUCAGCGACGUGGGCCAGAAGGGCCCGGGGGACGACGAGGAGGAAGACGAGGCCCGGGGCAGCCCCCGCCACCGCCUGGCCUAUCACGCGGCCCCGGACGCUCGGCACCUGCAGGACCCGCGGCUCGAAGGGCCGCUGCCCCACUCGCCCGCGCACUCGAGCAGCCCCGGCAAACCUUCGGACUUCUCCGACUCGGAGGAGGAGGAGGAGGGCGAGGAGGAGGAGAUCACCGUGUCCUAGAAGCCCUCCCGCGCCGGGGUGCUGUGAAUAAGGGCUUUGAAAUUGAAGUGGUGGGAUCCAGUCUGCGUGUUCACUCAGUCCCCGCUGCCCAGAAGCCGCCGCUCCCCACU